AUGGCCCCUGACGGCCGAGACAGCGCCACCUGCGCCUUUUGCACGUCUAUUGAAUGCAGCUCGCAUGCCGGCACUGCAGUAGGGGAAAGUGUAUAUCACGAUGAACUAUUCCACUCCCCGUGCGAGAGAUGCUUCGAGGCAGACAGAGCCACAUAUCCUGAUCUUUGUCAGUUCUGCCGGCAUCUGAGGCUGCCACACUUGGGCUUGUGUUUCGAGUUCAAAACGCCCUGCAUUGUAGAGAUUAAACUCAGACGUCCAGAGGAGUUGCACGCCAGGGGGUCAUGUUCCUUCUGCAGGUUUCUUUUUGACGCGAUCUCUACCCACAGAAAUGUGGCGAGAUUGAGUGACAAUGAUCUUUGGGAACUUAAGCCAAUCCUCAAACUUUCCUCCCGUUCUUUGGGGUUACGCUUGUGCAACAGUGAUGAUGUCCUGCUUUGUUCUGUCUCCAUCUCAAUUUUCAAUGUAGGAACCACCCGCGCAUCAUCCACGUGGAGGAAAUUGCUCAACCUUCAUCGGCCGCCGCCAGAUACGCUCGGAGGCCCAAGCCGAUAUAUCGAUUGGACAAAUGCUCGGGUAUGGAUCGAACAAUGUCCUUCUCCCCACGGCUUGCCACGCAAUCUAAAGGUCAUUGAUGUCCUUCAGAAUCGCGUGGUGGACGCACCGGCAGGGUGUAGAUACCUGGCCCUCAGUUAUGUCUUUGGGGGAGUGAAGGCCGAACAUAUCACACUCCCAGAUGCCCUUCCUGCCACCAUUGGCGACGCCAUAAUUGCCUGUCAGAAGCUUGGAGUGCAAUAUCUCUGGGUUGACCAGCUCUGUAUCAGCCAGAAGAACUCGUGUGUCUUGCAAGAACAGAUUAAUCAGAUGCAUGAUAUCUAUCAACACGCUGUAUGUUCCCUGGUGGCAUUGACAGGCGAGAAUUCAAAUUGCGGGUUGCCUGGCGUGACUAGGAGUCGACCACAGGUCCAAAACGUCGUCGAAAUAGCUGGCUUCAUGUUCACCAGCCUGAUGCCGAACAUCCAUGACUGUAUCAAGUUCAGUAAAUGGGCCACUCGCGGCUGGACACUCCAAGAAGCUAUCUUUUCUGAUUGCUUUCUUUUCUUUACCGACUAUGGCUUGCAUUUUGUGCAACGGAAUGCUGUCGGUAUAAAGAGAGCCCAAAUUAAAUCAGAUGUGAUCUCUGGCGUUCCGGCAGAGUAUACACUUCCUUCCAAGGACAAAUUCUGGACAAUGCUCGGAAAGUAUAACGCGAGAGAUUUAUCAUAUCCGGAGGAUGCGCUGCGUGCCUUUUCAGCUGUUCUGCGGUCCACAUACGGCGACAAUACCUACUACGGACAUCCUCGCGAGCAGAUUGACAAAGCGGCUGUAUGGCAUAUAGCAGGGGAUAGAACCGCUUCUAGGAUGCGCACUAUGUUUCCUUCCUGGUCCUGGGCUUCCAACUCUGGCCCCAUUGGCUUUUUGAAAGCAAAUGCUGCACUGGCUGUCUGGGCGGCGCCAGAAGGAUCUACGGAUUCUGGGACCAAUAUCAUCCUCUGUACGCCAGCUCCAGAUGAGGAUUGGGGGGAAAGAGGCAUAUCCAGAGAGAGUCGAGGCUUGGUCAAGGACCACCAAAUUGCCCGGAGGCAGAACCUAUUUUUUACCAUAGAUGUAGCCUGGGAGGUUGGAAGCAUCAAAUGCUCGCGUCUUUUUGAGUCUGGUUUGCAUUGGUCAAGAGCUGCCACACUGGCUGAGCGAUGGCCAACCUAUGACGCCUACUGGCACAGCACGCUGGGGAACUAUGAUAUUGAUACUAUAUUCUCUGAGCGGGACCGUGCGACCGCUGCCUCUGCUGAAGGCCGGAUUCUUCUCCACGGCCAGACCGCGUCUUUCCCUUUAGUAGGUACAGAAGGCUCGUUGCAUAAAACAGGUAAGCUUCGCAUCAUGUCGGAGGACGGCAUGGUUGCGGGAGUGGUUGUCGUGCCGUCGUACUGCGAACCAGCUGGCGAUGGAGAAUUUGUAGCUUUGUCUAUAGGCGAUAUUGAUGGCCUCAAUUUUAGAUACGACCUGUAUGACUUUGCACGUUCGAUGGGGGUAAGCAUCGAUGAGUUUAUUGAAGGCCUUCUUUUCUAUGACAGUACGGGCAAUAGUAUCCCACCUCCAUGGGACGCCAGCUUCUUGGCCGCGCGGCAAUGCGUGAUCGUACUCAAUGUGUUGCUGAUUGAACGGGACGAACAGAGCAACGUUGCCCGCAGAUUGGGCCUCGGAUACGUGUUUCUCAAACGAUGGGUCGAGGCGAAGCCUAUAUUUGAGACUAUAAUUCUGGAGUAG